AUGGCCUCUGUUCAAGAAAAGCAGCAGAUCGCCGAUGAUAAACCCGUCGAUUUCGAUACCGAAAAAGCGGACGCUGUUAUUAAGCUAGAGGACACUGGUCGAUCAAGUGACACUUCCAUAAGGCCAGAAUACGAACCAUUAAGCGACAAAGAGUUCAAACGAUUACGCUGGAAGUUGGAUCUUCGAAUCGUUCCGUUCUGCGGUGUAUUGUAUUUGUGCUCUUUCCUCGAUCGAUCAAAUAUUGGCAACGCAAAGAUUGCCGGCAUCACCGAAGAUUUACACAUAUCCGAAGACCAAUACAACAUCGCAUUGUCGAUUUUCUUUAUUGGCUAUGUCAUUUUUGAAAUUCCCUCCAAUAUUAUGCUCAAAAAAAUCGGUCCAAACUUAUGGAUACCGUUGGUGAUGGUGUCUUUCGCUGGUCUCCUCGCAACACGUUUCUUCCUCGGCGGUGUCAUAUUUUACAUGACGUUAUGGUAUACUCGCAGAGAGAUAGCCACUCGUAUUUCUUUGUUCUUCGGAUGCUCUACCCUUGCUGGUGCUUUCGGCGGUGUUCUCGCUUAUGGCAUCAUGCAGAUGGAUGGCAUGCGAGGUUUGCAUGGAUGGCAGUGGAUCUUUAUUAUUGAAGCCAUCCCUACUCUUUUCUUGGCGUGUAUCACCUACUUUGUCCUCCCAAAUUUACCCGAAAAUUCAAAAGCACUCAACGAACGCGAGCGCGCACACAUCGUCAACCGUCUUCUUAAGGAUGCUGGCCCAGCUACUGAGACGCAUUUCUCGAUGAAGCAGCUUCGCAUGGCAUUUACCGACUGGAAAAUUUACAUGCAUUCUUUCAUCUAUAUCGUCGGAUCCAUUCCUUUGUAUAGUAUGAGUCUGUUUUUACCAAGCAUUAUUCGAGGCAUGGGUUUCGAGACUCUAGAGGCUCAAGCAAUGUCUGCCCCGCCUUAUGCCAUAGCUUGUGUUGUCACAAUUCUUGUUGCCAUGGAUGCGGAUCGUCAAGGCGAGCGUGCUUAUCAUCUUGCUAUUCCCUCCUUCUUUGGUAUGAUCGGUUACAUCUUGCUUAUUGCUUGCAGAGACCAAGGUCCCGUAGCACUCUACAUUGCCGCCUGUAUUACAGUGACGGGUGUAUUCGCUCAUGCUCCUCCAAUGCUUUCAUGGUUUACCGGCAACAUCGGUGGUCACACCAAACGUGCUGUCGGUAGUGCUAUUGUCAUUUCCAUCGGUAACGCCGGUGGUGUAGUUGGUGGUCAAGUAUACCGUGCCAAUGAUGCACCCCACUAUGUUACUGCCCAUUCUGUCUGUGCCGUCUUGUUGUUUAUCCAAGUAUGUACAACCAUUGGUUACAAGUUUGCACUUAAGCGCAUCAACAAUAAGCGUGACAACAUGACCCCUGAAGAGCGCCGUAUUGCUUGUGAAGGCGAAGAACUUUGUGAUGCUCACCCUGACUUCCGAUACAUUACUUAAACCUAAUCUACCAUCAAAGAAAUUCUCCCAUAAUUUACCAUUCAUUAUCAUAAUGAUCUUGAUUAUAACUCACAGUUACUGUAAAAUAAAUAAAGUAUGCAAAGAUGUAAG